GAACAGAUGUAAGAGGCAGCUUCCUUCUCUCCCCCCCGGAUUGACUUCCUCUUCAUCCUCUUCUCUAUAUAUCAAUCUUCCUUCUCCAUUUUCAUUCCAACUCUUUCGCACUCUUUCAUCUCCUUUCCAAUCUCCCUUUUUUCUCCUUCGAUCUUUCAGAUAUGACUUCUAAUGAGAAUGCCGUCGGUGAGAAGAAUCGAGUUCCGAAGCUGAAUGAACGGAUUCUUUCUUCGCUCUCUCGAAGAUCGGUUGCUGCUCAUCCUUGGCAUGAUCUUGAGAUUGGACCUGAUGCUCCUAAGAUCUUCAACUGUGUUGUUGAGAUUACAAAGGGAAGCAAAGUCAAAUAUGAACUUGAUAAGAAGACUGGGCUGAUCAAGGUUGAUCGAAUUCUGUAUUCAUCAGUGGUCUAUCCUCAUAAUUAUGGCUUCAUCCCCCGUACACUGUGCGAAGACAAUGAUCCUAUGGAUGUUCUAGUACUUAUGCAGGAACCAGUUCUUCCUGGUUGUUUUCUCCGAGCCAAGGCCAUUGGACUAAUGCCCAUGAUUGACCAGGGAGAGAAGGAUGAUAAGAUCAUUGCAGUCUGUGCUGAUGAUCCAGAAUACAAGCAUUACAACGACAUCAAAGAGCUUCCCCCUCACCGUCUCUCUGAGAUUCGUCGCUUCUUCGAAGACUAUAAAAAGAAUGAAAACAAGGAGGUAGCAGUUAAUGACUUCUUACAUUCAGGCGUUGCUCUUGAAGCUAUCCAGUACUCGAUGGAUCUUUAUGCUGAGUACAUUCUGCAUACCCUGAGGCGAUAAACCGACCAAUUUACCCCGCCGAUCACCUUAAUAAAAGGCCGUUGUAACGUUUAUAUUUCAAACAAACAUGUUCUGUUGUAAUGUGGGACUAGUUUCCUUUUUCCUUUUCUUUUUGAAUUCAAAUUUUUGGUUAUCUGAUAGAUGAAUACCACGUCAAGGUUUGAUUCACUAAAA